AUGCUUUUCAACUCUUUAUCAUUUGAGGCAGCAUUGCUUCUCGCCCUUCCUCAUCUCGCUUCUGCAGCUACCAGAAAGUUCGAUUUUGAUAUUGGCUGGGUCAGAGCUAAUCCAGACAAUGCUUUCGAACGCCCAGUCAUUGGCAUUAAUGGCAAGUGGCCAAUCCCUACAAUCGAGGUUGACAUUGGUGAUCGGGUCAUCAUCAAUGCUCACAACAACCUGGGCAAUCAAUCAACUUCUCUGCAUUUUCAUGGUCUCUACAUGAACGGCACUACCCAUAUGGAUGGCCCUGCCGGUGAUGCUCAAGAUCCCCCCCCCCCCCCAACAUAUCCGCCACAGGUCGAGCAACCAGGCACCUAUUGGUACCACAGUCACACUGCUGCUCAAUACCCUGACGGUCUACGGGCUCCCUUCAUCGUUCACGACAAAGAUUUCCCCUACAAGGAUAAGUACGAUGAAGAGGUUAUAUUUACUCUUUCUGAUUGGUAUCAUGACGAGAUGCGAUCCAUGAUUCCAAAGUUCAUGAGCAAGGCCAAUCCCUCAGGUGCAGAGCCCGUGCCCAACAAUGCCCUGAUGAACGAAACCACCAACUUCACAAUGUCUGUCAAGCCCGAAACAACCUAUCUGUUCCGCACUAUCAACAUAGGUGCCUUUGCUGGCCAGUAUCUCUGGUUUGAGGGUCAUAAGAUGCGCAUUGUCGAGGUCGAUGGUAUUUAUACCGAAGAGGCUGAGGCAGAGAUGAUCUACAUCUCGGCUGCUCAGCGUGUCAGCUUUUUGCUCACUACCAAAAAGGACACUUCCAAGAACUUCCCAAUUGUCUCCAGCAUGGAUACUACUCUUUUUGAUGUCCUGCCUCCGGAUCUGAACUACAACGCCACCGGCUGGCUCGUCUAUGAUGAAAAGGCCGACAAGCCAGACGCCGCUACUGUUGAGGCUUUGGAACCUCAUGAUGACAUGAAGCUUGUUCCAUACGACAAGAUGGGCAUUCUUGGAAAGCCUGACCAGGAGUUCACUCUUGAUGUUAAGAUGGAAAACCUCAAGGAUGGGGCCAACUACGCCUGGUUCAACAACAUUACCUACGUCGAAGCCAAGGUUCCCACCCUAUAUACCGCCCUCAGUGCAGGCAAGGACGCCGAGGAUCCAAGUGUUUAUGGCACUUACACACACUCCAUGGUCCUUAAGAAGAACGAGAUUGUACAAAUUGUCGUCAACAAUCUCGAUUCUGGUCGUCACCCUUUCCAUCUUCACGGACACGCAUUCCAAUCUAUCUACCGUUCCGAAGAGGAGGCUGGUAUCUGGGCCGAUGCCAAUGUUACUGAAGCUGAUUUGCCCAAAACUCCUAUGCGACGUGAUACUCUUGUCAUCUAUCCCAACGGCAACAUUGUUAUGCGUUUCAAGGCUGACAACCCAGGUGUCUGGCUGUUCCAUUGCCAUAUUGAAUGGCACGUGGUGUCUGGGCUUAUUGCCACCUUCGUCGAAGACCCUCUUACUCUUCAAGAGACCAUCCAGAUCCCUAAGAACCACCUGGAUGCCUGCGCCGCUGCUGAUAUGCCUACCAAGGGAAAUGCGGCUGCUAAUACCGAGAACUUCCUUGAUCUUACUGGCGAGAAUAAACCUGCCAAGGCUCUGCCUGCUGGAUUCACUCCUCGCGGUAUCGUCGCUCUUGUCUUCAGCUGUAUCUGUGGUAUCCUGGGUGUAGCCGUCGUGGCAUGGUAUGGAUUUUCUGCAUCUAUCGACCCAACCAGUGCCGGCGCUCUCAGCGCUGGUAUCGUUGAUGGCAGUGACUCAGGCGACGGCAACCUUGCUCCUAAGGGACCUCAGGAGACUGUUGUUUCCCCUUCAGGUGAUGGGAGAAGUCACUGA